AUGCUGAGAACUAGGUUCUAUAGUGGUCUUCGUGCAGAUUUGAAACUCAGAUGUGGUCAUAAGUAUGAUGCUACUAAAAAUUUUGAAGAUUUAGUUGUUCAAGUAAGAUGCAUUGAACAUGAGUUACAACCAUCAACAUCUGGUUCUAAGAAAGAGGCUCAGGUUAAAGCAACAUCAGCAACGAAUGAGGACAAUGAAGCUUCUAUUAAAGUUUUGACAACAUCUUUACAGAAGUUGACGUCUGAAUUUACCAAUUUCAGAAAUGAGAUGUUAGGUAGUUCAGUUUCUGUCCAACAACAUCAAACAAAUGAACAUCAGUCUGAUAGGAGAGUUGAGAAGAGAGUUGAUAGGAAUGUAUCUGGAAGUGAAGAACCCUCCUGUUUUAGGUGUGGACAGACAGGCAUAUGUGAAAGCUGUUUAGUUAAUGGUACUGUAUUUUAA